AUAUUCCUGAAAAACAAUUUUUUAUGUGCUUUAGAGUAUAAAUAAAGUAUGGAGCCACCUGCAAAGAAACCAUUACUGUCCAAAGAUGAUGUAUCUAAUAAAUUAGAGGGUUUUAAUGUCAUCAAAGUUUUGUUAAAUGAUGUAAAGUCAAAAAGAGUUCAUGUCCAUGGCUUGUAUUGUCUAGCAUUUACGGGAAUAUGCAAUUUCCACUGUUCUGUGAUUAACCGCUUUUCCAACUGCAUCUCGUCAAGUAAAUUUGAAGAUUCUGAAGAUGAUGUUAUUAUAACGUUGGUGAAAACUCCAUUUUCUGCAGAAUCUGUUGAAUGUGUUUUGUCAGAAGAUACCACAUUGAAGGAAGAAUUCAAUAAUGAUAUUUAUAGUCAACAUUCCGCAUUAACAAAACCAGAAAAUAAUGUUAUUACAGCUCAAAUUAUCAGACCUGCAACUGAAAAGCACUUAAUGAAAUAUUUAGACCAAAAACUUUAUUUAUUAAAUGAGACUGCAGAAGAUUAUAAAACAAAAACCCUACCUUAUCUGGAGACGCAAAAAUUUAGUUUAAAUUGGGUUUAUAAUAUUCUUGAUCAUAAAACAGAAACUGAUCGAAUUGUUUGUGAAGACCCAGACAAAAAGACUGGUUUUAUUCUUUUGCCAGAUUUGAAAUGGGAUGGUAAACAAACUGAAGACCUUUACCUUGUAGCCAUUUGCCAUGCUGUGGAUAUUAAAUCAAUCAGAGACCUUAAUAGGUCACAUCUACCAUUGUUAAAAAAUUUAUUAAAUAAAUGCUUAGAAACCAUAAAGGAUAAAUAUGCAGUUGCGAGCGACCAGAUACGUGCUUAUUUUCAUUACUACCCUUCGUACUACCAUCUUCAUGUACAUUUUAAUCAUAUCCACCACGACGUAGGAGGGACGUCUAUUGGAAAGGCACACCUGCUGAGUGAUGUCAUCGAUAACAUUGAAAACAUUGAUGGUGAAUAUUAUGCGAAAAAAACUUUGCCUGUGACUUUGAGAGAACGUGAUCCUUUGUUACCUAUACUCACAGAGAAGUUAUCGUGCUAAAAAACAUGUUUUGCCUGUAAAAAGGAAAGGAGCAAAGAAGUCUAGUUUAGUUACGAAUAAACAAACAGGACUGAGUAAAAAAAACUACCCUCUGGAGGAGCACAAUUACGGAUAAUUUGUAUUUUGAAGAAAUGCUGUUAAAAAAAAUAACGGCGAAAAUUUACAAAAUUUUUAAUCAUAAUAACUUCUACUUUUAAUCAGUGGAAAUAAAAUUGGAAAAAAACUGUUUGAAACUUUCUAACAUUUUAUGAAAUAUAAUAAUAAUCUGUUUA